GCAAGCAGAAAGACGAAAUCAAGGAUUUAUAUAAGAUGGAAUGUCAGGCUUCAGGAAACCCAAAGACCGGACAGGCAACCGCCCAAUGCGGAGUUAGGGUCGGUGAUGAUCUUGCCAAUGCUCGAGCCGGAGUAUUCGCCUCCACUCCAGGCGCUGGUGGUCCAGUCACCAAGGGAGUUUAUGGAGCGGUCAACGCUAAUGGUCAUGCUCUCUCGCUGCAGCAUGGCCACAUCGAGGGCGUGGGAGGCACGACCACUGCCGCAGCCCAAGCCAAUCUCUUCAAGAGCAACAACGCGGCUCUGAAUGCAACAGCCUUUCACAGUCAUAGCAGAUCUCACGAUCAGUUUGGUGGAGGACUCAAUUUGGAAACUGGAACGGGUCACCAGGCGGCAGUUGGGGUCACUAGGGUUCCUCAGUUCGGUAUGACCGCCGUCCAGGCUUCUGGCACUGCAAAUCUGUAUACCUCUCCAAGUGGCAAUCUCAACCUCAACGCCACCGGAAGUGCCAAUCAUCACUUAAGGGGACCGUUGCGCGGCAAGUCCGAUUUCGGCACCGGAGUUAACUUGCGAUAUAAUUUUUAAAUACUUUACAGUUUUAUUGAAACUAUUUAUAUUUAGCCAAGAAAAGAAACAUGUACCGUAUUUAUAUGC